AGGAGGGGAGCCCAGCCUCCCUGGGCAGGAGCAGUGCCUGCAGUCCCCGGCUGCAGGCAGGGUGGGAGGAGGCUGAUUUACAAAGCAGAUGGGCCUCUGACCGGAGCUUUGAGCCCUGCACUCAGCCACUGCCACCCUGUGGGCUAUAAGAGCACCCAGACAUCCAGACCAGCUCUGGGUGGGUGCCAUGUAAGCCUAGCCUGGCUCCCCUUCCUAUUGGCCCUCCUUUUCUUCUUCUGCCUGCCUGUGUCUGCCCAGCCUCUCCAAAGAGGGACGCUUGACAUCAUGUCUCUGCUCAAUCCUGUCCUGCUGCCCCCCAAGGUGAAGGCCUAUCUGAGCCAAGGGGAGCGCUUCAUCAAAUGGGACGAUGAAACUGCAGUAGCCUCCCCAGUUAUCCUCCGUGUGGAUCCCAAGGGGUAUUACUUAUACUGGACCUAUCAGAGUAAGGAGAUGGAGUUUCUGGAUAUCACUAGCAUCCGGGACACCCGCUUUGGGAAGUUUGCCAAGAUGCCCAAGAGCCAGAAGCUCCGGGAUGUUUUCAACUUGGACUUUCCAGAUAACCACUUCCUGCUGAAGACACUCACAGUGGUAUCCGGGCCUGACAUGGUGGAGCUCACCUUCCACAACUUUGUCUCCUACAAGGAAAACGUGGGCAAGGACUGGGCUGAAGAUGUGCUAGCUCUGGCCAAGCACCCACUGACAGCCAACGCUCCCCGCAGCACCUUCCUGGACAAGAUCCUGGUAAAGCUCAAGAUGCAAUUGAACCCUGAAGGGAAGAUUCCUGUGAAGAAUUUUUUCCAGAUGUUUCCUGCUGACCGCAAGCGGGUAGAAGCUGCUCUCAGUGCCUGUCAUCUGGCAAAGGGCAAGAAUGAUGCUAUCAAUCCUGAGGACUUCCCAGAAUCCGUCUACAAGAGUUUUCUCAUGAACCUCUGUCCUCGGCCAGAAAUAGAUGAGAUCUUCACUUCCUACCAUGCUAAGGCCAAACCCUAUAUGACCAAGGAGCACCUGACUAAAUUCAUCAACCAGAAACAGCGUGACUCUCGGCUCAACUCCUUGCUGUUCCCACCAGCAAGGCCUGAGCAGGUGCAGGGCCUCAUUGACAAGUAUGAGCCCAGUGGCAUCAACGUGCAGAGGGGCCAGCUGUCGCCUGAGGGCAUGGUCUGGUUUCUCUGCGGUCCAGAGAACAGUGUGCUGGCUCAGGACAAGCUGCUGCUCCACCAUGACAUGACACAGCCACUCAAUCAUUACUUCAUCAACUCCUCACAUAAUACCUACUUGACAGCCGGCCAGUUCUCAGGCCUUUCCUCGGCUGAGAUGUACCGCCAGGUGCUGCUGUCUGGCUGCCGCUGUGUGGAGCUGGACUGCUGGAAGGGGAAGCCCCCUGACGAGGAACCCAUUAUUACCCAUGGCUUCACCAUGACCACAGACAUCUUGUUCAAGGAAGCUAUUGAAGCAAUUGCAGAAAGUGCCUUUAAGACCUCUCCCUAUCCUGUCAUCCUGUCAUUUGAAAACCAUGUGGACUCACCCCGCCAACAGGCUAAGAUGGCUGAGUACUGCAGGACGAUGUUUGGGGACAUGCUGCUCACAGAGCCCUUGGAAAAAUUCCCACUGAAGCCAGGCAUCCCUCUGCCCAGUCCUGAGGACCUCCGGGGCAAGAUCCUCAUCAAGAACAAGAAAAACCAGUUUUCUGGUCCAGCAACCCCCAGCGAAGAUGCUGGUGGGGAGGCUGAGGGCAGUGACCCGCCCAUGGCCCCAAUAGGCGAGGACACAGUGUGGGCUGGUGAGGAAGGGUCUGAGCUGGAGGAGGAGGAGGAGGUGGAAGUAGAAGAGGAGGAAGAGUCGGGAAGCCUGGAUGAAGAAGAGAUGAAGAAGAUGCAGUCCGAUGAGGGCACUGCCGGCCUGGAGGUGACGGCUUAUGAAGAGAUGUCCAGCCUAGUUAAUUACAUCCAGCCCACCAAGUUCAUCUCCUUCGAGUUCUCUGCCCAGAAGAACCGAAGUUAUGUCAUCUCCUCCUUCACGGAGCUCAAGGCUUAUGACCUGCUCUCCAAGGCCUCGGUGCAGUUUGUGGAUUACAACAAGCGCCAGAUGAGUCGCAUUUACCCCAAGGGCACCCGCAUGGACUCCUCCAACUACAUGCCCCAGAUGUUCUGGAAUGCUGGAUGCCAGAUGGUUGCCCUCAACUUCCAGACGAUGGAUCUGCCCAUGCAGCAGAACAUGGCACUGUUCGAGUUCAAUGGACAGAGUGGCUACCUCCUCAAGCACGAGUUCAUGCGCCGACUGGACAAGCAGUUCAAUCCCUUCUCUGUGGACCGAAUUGAUGUGGUGGUAGCUACCACCCUUUCUAUUACGGUCAUCUCUGGGCAGUUCCUGUCAGAACGCAGUGUGCGCACCUAUGUGGAAGUGGAGCUGUUUGGUCUUCCAGGGGACCCCAAGAGGCGCUAUCGUACCAAGUUGUCACCCAGUCCCAACUCCAUCAAUCCUGUGUGGAAGGAGGAGCCCUUUGUCUUUGAGAAGAUCUUAAUGCCUGAGCUGGCCUCCCUCAGGGUGGCUGUGAUGGAGGAGGGCAACAAAUUUCUUGGCCACCGCAUCAUCCCCAUCAACGCCCUGAAUUCUGGAUACCAUCAUCUGUGCCUGCACAGUGAGAGCAACAUGCCCCUGACCAUGCCUGCGCUGUUUGUCUUCCUGGAAAUGAAGGACUAUGUACCUGACACCUGGGCAGAUCUCACUGUGGCUCUUGCCAACCCCAUCAAGUUCUUCAAUGCCCAUGAUAAGAAGUCUGUGAAGCUCAAGGAGGCCAUGGGAGGUUUGCCAGAGAAGCCCUUUCCACCCAUGAGUCCAGUUGGUCGACAGAUAAAUGGACCAUCUGCCCCAGCAAGCAACGGAUCGGCAGAAGCCGUGGCCAGGGCCAGGGAUGAGGCCCCGAAAGAAGUUGUGGAGCCGCGGACCACCAGCCCCGAGGAGCUGCGAGAGCUGAAGGGCAUCGUGAAGCUGCAGCGGCGCCACGAGAAGGAGCUGCGGGAGCUGGAACGGCGAGGCGCCCGGCGCUGGGAGGAGCUGUUGCAGCGCGGCGCUGCGCAGCUGGCCGAGCUCGAGCCUCCCAGCACCAGGAGCAAACUCCUCCCCGGCAAGGGCUCCCGCAAGAAGAGGAUCCUGCCCUGCGAGGAGGCUGGUGGCGUCGCCCGGGGCGAGGGCACUGAGGGUGCAGAUGCGCUUGUGCGGGAGCUGAAGGACAGGUUGGAGCAGGAACUACAGCAGCAGGGCGAGGAGCAGUACCGGUGCAUUCUGAAACGCAAGGAGCAGCAUGUGGCUGAGCAAAUGGCUAAGAUGAUAGAGCUGGCCAGAGAGAAACACGCUGCAGAGCUGAAGACCCUCAAAGAGACCUCAGAGAUUGACACCAAAGAGAUGAAGAAAAAACUGGAGGCCAAGAGGCUGGAGCGAAUCCAGGCCAUGACCAAAGUUGCCUCAGACAAGAUGGCCCAGGAGAGGAUGAAGAGAGAGAUUAACAACUCCCACAUCCAGGAAGUGGUGCAGGCCAUCAAGCAGAUGACAGAUACCCUGGAGCGGCACCAGGAGAAGCUGGAGGAAAAGCAGGCAGCCUGCUUGGAACAGAUCCAGGAUAUGGAAAAACGGUUCCAGCAGGAGGCCCUGGCAGAGUAUGAGGCCAGGAUGAAGGGCCUGGAGGCUGAGGUGAAGGAGUCAGUGAGGGCCUGCCUCAGGGCCUGCAUACCCUCUGAGGCUGAGGACAAGUCUGAGAGAGCCUGUGAGGCCUCCAAGGAGCCAUGUGACCAGAACCCACUCACAACUAUGGAAGACACCCAGGAGAGCCGCCUCUGAUGCCCCAUUCCUUUGGGACAUUUAGCAAGGAUGUUCAGACCCUUCUGUAGGACAUGGGUCCAUCCCCUGGGGAGGAAAGAGCUCCAACAUCUGAGACUGUUCCUCAAUAGCCAGGCUAGAGGAGAGGCAGAAAUGAGGUUCCAUCAGGGCAGGGGCCCAUCUGAGGCCUAGAAGUCUUCUCCAAGCUGAUUUCCUACUGUUAUCCUUUCCCUCACUUCUGGAUGAGUGUUAUAUAUUUGUUGAGGGCAAAAGACUAUGGACCAGGAGACAGGAAAUGGAGCCCUGGCCACACUCUGCCUUUCCUAGUGUGAAACUUGUGCUACCCCACUUGGAGUUCAGUUUCCUUUCUUGGAGGGUUGGACCUCCCACCUGGAACCUCUAUUCUUGCACCUAUGGUUCAAGCAGGACCAAACUCCAGCCCCUCCUGCCACAAUGUGGGCACAGGGCUUUUAGGCCACAUCUCCAGUCUUCCCUGAGUAGGUAGUGUUAUCAGUUCCAUGAGAUAAAGCCUGGCACUGCCUUAAAAUUCCCUGAGGACAAGUGCUCCCAGAAAGUCCCUGCCCUCAUUCCUGCUUUGUCAAAUAGGAGGCGGAUAUGGAAAAAUUACCUCAGCAGACUGGCCCUCAGCUGCUGAGAUAUGUGGGGCUGGUGGUGAGGGCAGAGGUCUGCCUCCUGGGCACUCUCCCACACUGAACCUAGUUCACCCCUUUUCCUAGGCCUAGGGUGGGUACUUCCUAUCAUGCAUUCUACUAAGGAUUGCCUGACAAGGUCAGCAUCAUUUUCCCUCCUGAAUUUGUGAAGUUUAUUUAUUUUUCUCCUUCCUACUCCUACUAAAGAACCGUGACCCAGUAUUUCCUGCCUAAGGCUGUCCUCUAUUCUACAAUUAGGAAAUGGGGAACAGUGGAGUGGAGUACUCCUGAAAUGAAGCUGGCUGGGGAAAAAAAUUCUUGGGAACUUAACCCAGGGUGAGGUCCCUUCCAGAGUCCAGUGGAAUGGUCCUGCCUCUGGGCUUAAAGAGGAGUAACUUCCCCUUCUGCUUGCCUAAUACCACAACCACUGGAAAAUGAUGUCACUCCCUUUUUACCCCCACACAGAUGUGGCCCUUCUUAUCUCCACACUCAGGACUAGAGCAUAAGGGCCUAGUGCAAAGGUGCCUAAACUUUGGUGCCUGAACCUCUUUGGGAAAGCCUAGAGUGGCCAGAUGCACAGCCCCCUGUGGUAGCUGUGUUUGACCAAAAAAUUGCUGUAGCGGGGCUGUGGGCAGCUACUCUACCUAUAGCACAGUCCCAAAUCCCAAGUGGGACAGGCCCUGGCUUGGGAGAAGCAGGGUGGGGGUGAUGCUGGGAAGAGGUUGUUUUCUUAUCAGAGAGUUACAGCAGUGCCAUUAGUUGUGAGCACCUGUGUCUCUGGAAAGUAAACAGGGACACCCUCCCCCUUCCCAUCUCUCUAAGGGCCUUGCCUCUGGGGUCCCACCUAUCCUGGCUGCAGGGUAAGGAUGGAGGACUGCUCAUUCACAGAAGGCCUGGCAUUAAUGAACCUGCCCCCCACCCUGCAGACACACUGGGCACCACUGGGGUAGACACCUACACCCCAGGGCAAAGUCCUGACUUCAACCCUCCAGGCAGGCAGCCAGCCACCCCAUAUUUCCUCUCCUCUCAUCCCUUGGGGUAGAACCUCUGGAUGAGGACCCAGGUCUAGAGGAACUCAUGGAACCAUGCACAUGAGCAUAAGCCAGAGCCAGAGCCAACACAGCAAUAGUUUCAGCAAUUGCGGUUGACUGCUCAGGAAAAGGAGAAGCUGGUGCCCCCUUGCCUCCAGGCCAGGCUAGGCUGUCUGUGCUCCCACUGGAGCUUGGCAACCCAAGAAUGGGGAAGGGAAUGCAAUCUUCCCUCCUGGAGAGGUCUCUGCACUGCUUCUCAUAAAGCCAGACCUGGAUACCCACCUCCCUGAUUUCUAUACUCUGAAAAAAUGGCACGAAGCAGGGCAGGAAACAGGGCAGGCUGAACAUCCUGGGCAAAUGCCAUUUUGGAUCCUAGAGACAAAUUAACCUUUAGUAUCAGGGGAUGUGCAAAGGAAGAGUUGAUGCCCUCCCUCCAGCACUGGAGCCAGGUGAAGGGCACCUGGGUUCCAUCCCUGCUGUACACCUGUGAGGCCAGGGUCAGGUUCCCUUUCUACUUGUCUAUCUCACCUUCUGUACAAAGAAAAGGGUCCCUACCUAUUGCCCAAUUCCAUUGCUGACUCAGUGCCAGAUCCCCUGCUGACUCACCCACCCCCUGUACCUCUGGCAAUUCUCUGGAUCUCCCAGACACGUGCCACCAGGCCCAACCCUGCCAAGCUAGUGCAACGUGACAGGGUGAGGGGGCUGGUGACACCUGAGAAGGAAAGAAGGGGCCUGGGAGAGAGGGCAGUUGCAGACAGAGUGACAGGCUUGCAGACUGAGGUACCUCUGGGAGGAAGCCUUUUGCCAGCCUGGGGUCUGACAGCGGAGAGGUUGGGCAAGUGGGAGGGAAGGAGGUGUGUGAGCGCCUGCCUGCCCCCUGCCUGCCUCAGCUCCUUCUUCUGUCAGGCUUCAGCUCCCUAAGCGACAGCUUCUAAUUCUGGCUGUUGGUGCCUUUGUGCUCUGCAGCAAAGUCUCAGCUUUUUUCAGCUUUGCUAUUUCUUUUCUGUUCAGAACAUACUGAGCCCAUAGGGAAGGAAGUCAGAGCAAAGGCUCCAGGGCCUGAGACCUGGCACCACAACAUAUCCCACUGUAGCUUGGCCAGGUCAGGCAUGCCAUCUGGGGCCAAUGGAACUGGCUGUACCUUCCAAAGAGAACCAGCAUAGGCAAGGAUGAGACCCGAAAGGGGCCUUGCUGCAGCUCUUCCUUUUCCCCAGAGCUGUCUCCAUCAGCACAGGGAACAGAGGCAUAGAAGAAGCUGAGUUGGCCCAAGGAGGCUCAGAAAGGAUGGGGUCUGGUUCUUUAGGGCCCAGUGCACCUGCUUGGUGCAGGGUUUCUCCUGCUUCUCUCAUCCACCUGUGUGUGUGUGGGGGUGCACAGCCUGGCCUAUCACACAUAGAUUCCAGAGGUACCCCUUCCCCUGACCCUGGAAGCAGACAGAAAGGGUCUGCUUCAUGCUGUUGAAAAGGGAAACUGAGUCCUAAAGAGGGGGGAAUCUUUUUCCACUGCUAAGUAAAGAGGGAAAGCAUCCCUGCCCCCUUACUGGUGCUGGAGAGUCUUGCCUCAGAUCUGGGGUUGAGGGAGUACUGGGCUUUAAGGGUUUCCCUCCGAAUAACCAUGCAGUGCUUUUACACAUACUUCUCCCCAGCUCUUGUGUGGAGCAGGUAGGGUUAGUAUUAGCAUCCUCUUGCAAAUGAAAACGUGUAGGCCUGGGGCUACCCUGCUAGUACAUUCCUCUAGGCUGGAACUUAACUUUGAUAUCAAAUACUGUGCCCCUUCUACAACAUUGUUAAAUCAAACUGGCAGACACCUGGCCAAGGGCUUUUUUAAAAAUGCAAAAAGAGAAAAGGUGCUUCUAGUGUGUGCAGGUAUACAUUACAUGCUCCCCACAUGGCAGAGGGGAGUGGAAAAACCCCUACUGUAGGGCACAGCUGGAGUCCAAGGUGAGCAUCCAUGAAACCUGGGAGUGCAGAGAGGUUCAUGGGCCCACUAUUUCCCAGCAGCACCUGCUGUCCUCACCUCACAACUUUCUCAGCACACCUCCUGCACAGUAUCUUACCAUUGCCGCGCUUAGGCAGCCUUCAUUCUUCCCUGAAUUUCUUGUCUCUUAUGGGACAGGACAUCUUAAAGCAGCUCUCAACACUGCCCCCUACAGGUGUUUUCCCGUUUCAGUGCCUUUGCCUCUGUAGUCGCCUGUCAGAACUAUCUCCCUCAUUUCUUACUAGCCAAGGACCAAUUCUGCCCCCUAUCUUUAGAAGACCCCAGAACUCUCCCCUCCCCACUACUCCACCUUUCCCUCCAGACUGUCUUGGUUUUGUAUUUGGAAGAUGUAUUCAACCCUCAGGUGAUAAAAGACACUUGUUAUAUCCCGG